UUUUACCAGCACACCGACGCAAGCUGAAAUGUUUAUAAAGCUUUCUCCUUACUCAAAAUACGUUUUUUCUAAAUCUGGCAAUAAACAUCACUACUAGUUUUAUUAAUGAUAUUACCACAUAAAGUAGGGGACACCAAACACCAUUCAACUUUUUUCUUUGACUCAGUUGUUUGACUCGCGUAUCUAUCUACGACUACAAGAAUAACAAACAUGGCCGCUAGCGAGUGCCGCGGCAAUUCCGGACGCGGCGUGGGCCGUAUUUAGCGGUAAGUUGGGAUCCUUUUUGGCGCAUGAACUUCCCGCUCGAGCACACGGCAAGAUGGUAGCGAAACAGCCGGCGGAUGCGAUGGACACGGACAGCCUACAGCAGCCGGUCAAAGAGCUGACCGAGAAGUGGAAGCUCCUGCCGGCGUUCCUGAGCGUGCAGGGCUUGGUGCGGCACCACAUCGACUCGUUCAACCACUUCAUCAACGUGGAGAUCAAGGAGAUCGUGCGCGCCAACGAGAAGAUCACCAGCGACGCGGACCCGCAGUUCUACCUCAAGUACCUGGACAUCCACAUCGGCAAGCCAGACGUGGAGGAGAACUGCGUGGCGAGCAAGGCGACCACGCCGCACGAGUGCCGGCUCCGUGACAUGACCUACUCGGCGCCCAUCACCGUGGACAUCGAGUACACGCGCGGCACGCAACGGGUGGUGCGCGCCGACUUCCCCAUCGGCCGCAUGCCCAUCAUGCUGCGCAGCGCCAACUGCAUCCUGGCGGACAAGACGCACUUCCAGAUGUCACAGAUGAACGAGUGCCCCUACGAUCCCGGAGGAUACUUCGUGGUAAACGGCGUGGAGAGGGUCAUCCUCAUGCAGGAGCAGCUCUCCAAAAACCGCAUGAUUGUCGAGGAAGACCGCAAGGGAGGCCUCAUGUGCCAGGUCACAAGUUCGACGCACGAGCGCAAGAGCCGGACCAAUGUGGGCACCAAGCACGGCCGCUACUACCUCAAGCACAACUGCUUCACGGAGGACAUCCCUAUUGCCAUCGUCUUCAAGGGCAUGGGUCUGGAGAGUGACCAGGAGAUUGUGCAGAUGAUCGGCAGUGCCGACAGCAUCUUGUCCACGUUUGCGCCGUCGCUCGAAGAGUGUCACCGCUCACAGGUCUUUACGCAGACGCAGGCCCUGCGGUACCUCGGCGGGAAGCUGAAGCACCGGCGUAUGUUCUUCGCGGGAGGUCCUCGCAAGACUCCUGUGGAUGACGCGCGCGACAUCCUGGCCACGACUGUUCUGGCGCAUGUUCCGGUGGAACACUACAACUUCCGGGUGAAGGCCAUGUACUUGGCACUUAUGAUCCGGCGAGUCAUUGAGGCGCAAACAAACCGGGAGAUGAUAGACGACCGCGACUACUACGGCAACAAGCGUCUCGAGCUGGCGGGCUCCCUGCUGUCCCUACUGUUUGAAGACCUGUUCAAGCGCUUCAACACAGAGCUCAAGCUUGUUGCCGACAAGACCAUCCCGAAGGUCCGGGCGACCCAGUUCGACGUGGUCAAGUACGUCCGCCAAGACCUCAUCACCAACGGCCUGGUGUCGUCCAUCUCGACGGGAAACUGGACGGUCAAGCGGUUCAAGAUGGAGCGCAUCGGAGUGACGCAGGUACUGACGCGCCUCUCCUACAUCUCGGCACUGGGCAUGAUGACUAGAGUGAACAGCCAGUUUGAGAAGACACGGAAGGUUUCGGGACCACGCUCGCUGCAGCCCUCGCAGUUCGGCAUGCUCUGUCCUAGUGACACGCCGGAGGGUGAGGCUUGUGGCCUGGUCAAGAACCUGGCCCUGAUGACGCACAUCACCACCGACCUGGAGGAGGCUCCCAUCGUCCGUCUGCUUCUCAAUCUCGGCGUCGAGGACGUGCACUUGCUCAAUGGAGAGGAGCUCUCGGACCCGUCGGUCUACCUGGUCUUCCUCAACGGAGGCAUUAUUGGCGUGGUCCAUAACCACGCGCGCCUCCUGCGGACGCUGCGCCUGCUCCGGCGGUCGGGGCACCUCUCCGAGUUUGUGUCUCUUCACUCGAGCCGCGUGCAGCGCUGCGUGAACAUCUCGGCAGACGGUGGGCGCAUGUGCCGGCCCUACAUCGUGGUUGAGGGCGGCCGCCCGCUUGUCACGGCCGCCCACCUAGAAGACCUGACACGGGGGCUCCUCUUUUUCAACGACUUCGUCCGGCGUGGCCUGGUCGAGUUCCUGGAUGUCAACGAGGAGAACGACAGCUACAUCGCUCUGCGUGAGCGUGACAUAGGGCCCGAGACGACGCACCUCGAGAUCGAGCCGUUCACGCUGCUCGGCGUCUGCGCCGGCCUCAUCCCGUACCCGCACCACAACCAGUCGCCGCGCAACACAUACCAGUGCGCCAUGGGCAAGCAGGCCAUGGGCACCAUUGCGCUGAACCAGCGCAAUCGCAUCGACUCACUGCUCUACCUCCUGGUCUACCCGCAUCGGCCGAUGGUCAAGACCAAGACCAUCGAGCUGAUCCACUUCGAGGACAUCCCCGCCGGCCAGAAUGCGACCGUGGCCGUCAUGAGCUACAGCGGCUAUGACAUUGAGGACGCCAUCGUGAUGAACCGGUCGUCCAUCGACCGAGGCUUCGGGCGGUGCCAGGUGUACCGGCACCAGAAGUGCACACUCAAGCGGUACGCCAACCAGAGCCACGACCGGGUGAUGGGGCCCCUGGUGGACAGCACCACCAUGAAGCCCAUCUGGAAGCACGAGCCACUGGACACGGACGGCAUCGCGCGGCCUGGGGACCGCAUCGAAAAUCGGCAGGUGCUGGUGAACAAGUGGGUGCCGUCUGCAAGCUCGGUCGGGGCCCAGCCGGGGCAGCCGUCCCCGCCCGAGCACAAGGAGGUGCCCGUGGCCUACAAGGGCCUGGAGCCUGUGCACGUGGAGAAGGUGCUCAUCUCGUCCAACACGGAGGAGGCCUUCCUUAUCAAGCUGCUGCUGCGCCAGACGAGGCGCCCCGAGAUCGGGGACAAGUUCAGCAGCCGCCACGGCCAGAAGGGGGUGGUGGGGCUCAUUGCCCAGCAGGAGGACAUGCCCUUCAGCGACCAGGGGGUCUGCCCAGACCUCAUCAUGAACCCCCACGGGUUCCCCUCCCGCAUGACUGUGGGAAAGCUCAUCGAGCUGCUUGCGGGCAAGGCCGGCGUGCUCAACGGCAAGUUCCACUACGGCACGGCAUUUGGCGGGAGCAAGGUGCAGGACGUCGGGGAGGAGCUGAUCCGCAGGGGCUUCAACUACCGGGGCAAGGACUGCCUGACCUCGGGCAUCACGGGAGAGCCGCUGUCGGCCUACAUCUACUUCGGCCCCAUCUACUAUCAGAAGCUCAAGCACAUGGUCAUGGACAAGGUGCACGCGAGGGCGCGCGGCCCACGCGCCGUGCUCACGCGGCAGCCGACGGAGGGUCGGUCACGAGACGGCGGCCUGCGACUUGGCGAGAUGGAGCGGGACUGCCUGAUCGGCCACGGCGCCAGCCUGCUGCUCCUGGAGCGGCUGAUGCUGUCGAGCGAUGCCUGCCAGGUGGACGUGUGCCGCGGCUGCGGCCUGCUGGGCUACUCGCGCUGGUGCCACUUCUGCCGGUCCUCACGCACCAUGGCCUCCUUGCGGGUGCCCUAUGCCUGCAAGCUGCUCUUCCAGGAGCUGCUCUCCAUGAACAUCAUACCCCGGCUGGACCUCAAGAGCCACUGCCAGUGAGGCCCUGCCAUCCGGCGUGCCUAGUUUCCCGCCAACGUUAAACGCGGUGGCGACGGCGGGUUGGAAAGUGUCCACUUGUGGGAUGCAAACGACGUGCUCGGGUAGAUCGUUCCGGUUGGAAAUGGCCGAUUACGAUGGAGAAAACUUAAGUCGAUUAGGCCUAAAUGUAACCAGUUGAAUCUCGAGUACCCUAAACUAAUGAGGCUGGAAAUAUGUCUACCUAAAACGCCGUGGCACUCAGCGGGGUGAAACCUUCUGCUCGGUGUCACGGCGCAGAUGGUAUUUUUAGGUGUUACUAUAAUUUGAAAGGCCGUUUGGUUCUUGCAAGCAUGGUCUUUUAUUGUUUCAAUUAUGUUGGCAGCCAGUCGUUUUUUUUUUUUUUUUUUAUCCAAAAGAUACCCAAAAUUGAUUUUGCCUUGUGCAUCUUGUGUUGGGAAGGACGAAUCGUCUCGUUUGUGACCUAGUUUUCCUGUACGUAGUUACAGCUGUCGUUUCUUUGAGAGUUCUUUUUCUCGCACGGGGCGGUUGCAAAUGGAUUAGUGGCGUUGUUUGUACAGCAUGACCGAUCCAAAUAAAACCAGUAAAGCAGCUGAAAAGCUUUUUA